CAAGCUUUUUAUACGAAUAGCAAUAAUGAAGUGCUUCUAUCAAGGACUUCGCGACACUUAACCACCACAGUAAUAGGUAAGAACGUGUUCUAAGCAAAGUUGAGGCUUCCAAUAAAAUAUUAUUGACAGGAAGCUCUCUGUUUGUCGUCAUGCACGAUUCUUCCUGGGAUACAGCCGAUAUCCAUGGAGUUUCACAGUUUCUUGAUGUAUCGCAAGCUACCAUCAAUAGCUUACUGCAUCAGGACUUAUUUUCGUCCAUCUUUUCGUCUAUUAUAAAACGGUAUAAAGAAUAUGGAAAUUUAAAGAACAAAGAAGUAAUUGCCGAAGUAAACUUUGAGCAACAAUCUCGAGUUUUGGAAAAGAAAUUGCUCGAAUCUGAGAAACAACUGGACGCAUCUAAGUUUGACAACGAGAGUCUUCGAAAGUCACUCGUUUUAUCUGAAGAAAAUUCUAAAAAGAAUUACGAUUUAUAUCAAAAUGCUCAGAAAGACGCAGGGGCAUUGAAGGCAGAACGCGAUGAAGCGAAAAGUGAAUUUGAACGGAUAUACAAAGAAAAUUCUCGGCUUCGAGAAUCGCUUGUUCAGAAUUCAAAAGAUUUGCAGGAGAAAAGUACUGUAAUUGAUGGCUAUAAAAGCCAGCUGUUAAUGUACAAUCGGAAAGUCUUAGAAGUAGAGCAUUUACAACAGCAAGUGCAAUCAUCAAAAUCUUCUUACGAUUUCGAACUGCAGAAACUAAAUAAAAACAACACGAUCUUAGAAAACAACAACACGUGGCUCAAUCAGGUCGUGGAAGAUGUGAAUAACAAGUUAUUGAAGCUCCAUCAAGUUACUUCGGUGGAAAAAUCACAACUCAAUUCCCAACUGACGGAUGCGAACUUGAACAAUGAUCUUUUGCGAAGCAAAGUGGAUGCAUUAACCAAGCAGUGUGCAGAAAUUCAAUUGAAGCAUGAAACAUGCCUUAACGAACUGUCUGAGGUAAAGAAACAAUAUGAAAAUGCCGUUUUUUCGUUUCAAAAAGACUUAGCGUCCGAAAACCAAUUGACGGAUCUAUGGAUUGAUAAAUAUAAGAUGCUUCAAAAGCAUUCUGAGCAUCUUCAGAAUGCCAAUUCUGAGUUGAAUACAUUACUCAGAGAUGCCCAAGAGUCUCUUGAGAAUCAAAGUUCAGUUUUUGAAAAGAAUGUAUCUUCUUACCAGUCUACUCUGGAGUUCUUGAAGAAGGAAAUAUCAAGUCUGGAAUCGCAGCUUACUUUAGCGAAUGAAAGGCUUGCUAACUCUGAAGAUUCCGAUUUUUCUUUCUCCUUAAAAUCUAGAGAGCAGUCAUUGUCUGUAUCCGAUUUGUACACAGAAAGGUUAUACUUUAAGCAAAAAUACGAACAAUGUAAACAGCAAGUAGAUCGUUUACAACGAAGCCUGAAUGAAACAAUGAGCGAGGUAAAUAUGCAACACCCUCUUAUCAAACAACAAUUCGCACGUUUUGAUGAAAAACAAAAGGAGAUUGCUGCAAUUAGUCAGCAAUAUCAAAAGUCUUUAUCACAUUUUAAAAAAAUACAGUCAGAUUACAAGACUGUUGAAAUACAACUUAAGGAUAAAUCUAAGGAAAAUAAGCACUAUGAGCAACAAAUUGGUGAUCUAACUCACCAAGUACAAUUCUUACUUCACGAAAUAGACCUUCGCGAUUCCGGAAUGAUGUUUACCGCUCAGGAGCGUCAAGUAUUUAGAAGUUUAGUAGAGAAAUCUUUAGAUUCUGCUGAAAGCGACACUAACCAGCUUAUAUCUGAUCGGCUUGUUACUUUUAAAAAUAUAGCUGAAUUACAGCAACAAAAUCAAAAGUUGCUUUCGGUUAUUCGUGACCUCGCCCAAGAAUUGGAAAAGCACGAAAGUGUUUCUGAUGCUUCAAACGUUCAAAAUGAUACUUUGUUGAAUGCUAAUCGUAUAAUUGAUGAACUUACUCAGCAAGUGGAGUUCAUGAAUGAACAACUUGAUGGUUGUAUUAAAGAACGUGACUUUUUCCGAACUUUAGUUCAGGAAAAUGAUCUUUUGAAGCUUAAUGAUGAUAGCUUGGACUUGAAUAAGGCGAUGAAACUAAAGGAAAAAUUAGGCAACCAACGGUCAUCCAUACAACUUGACUUAAUAACGGAAGAAUUCGAAACUUUCAGAUCUAUUGCGAAUGAAAAGGAAAGGAAAGUAUUGGAGAAGGUCGAAUCUUUGGAAACAGCUAAUCAUGAUCUGCAGAAUCUCAAUUCAGCUAUAAAGGUUGAUUUGACCAAGGUCCUUGAAGAGUGCAACAACUAUGAGCUUAAGUUGAAGACAAGUGAAAAAGAGAACAGUGUAUUGCACGAAAAAUACAGAUCUUUGCAAGAGCAGUACUAUAAUAAUUUACAAGAAUAUCAAACCAUAGUUGGUCAGCUAAGUGUAUAUACUAAGCAAGUGGAAACUUAUCGAUACGAUCUUGAAAACUUACACAAAGAAAAGAACCUUUGGAACAGUGUUGAGUCGAAACUAAGCGCAGAAUGCUCGCAACUUAACGCUUCCUUGUUGUCUGUAAAGCAAGAAAACAACCAACUGAGAGCGCAAUUACAAGUUCAUGAACAAGAACAUGAUUGUAUUGUUAAUCUUUUAAAUAACCGUCUUUCUGAAUGUUCUGUGGAUUUACGAAAUGCGAACGCUAAGAUCUCCGAAUAUACUGAUGACAUAAAGAACAUCACCAUGCAGAAUUCUUACAACAUAAAAGAUUACCAGAUGCAAUUGAAUACCAUGGGAAGCAAAAUUUCUGAGCUGAAACAGGAGCUCACGUCUCAGGUUACUCGCUGCACGAGUCUUGUUAAUGAGAAUCAGGAGCUCAAGAAUAGUUUGAAAUUCACCCAAGAAAGAUACAUGAAUUUACAAACGAAUAUCUUAUCUCCAAAAUCAUUCGGAGAUCCAGUAACAGCUGACACAAGUAAUCUUAUAAAAGAUUUGGAUGCAGCUAAAGAAAAACUUCAAAACCUUGGUGAUGAAUAUCAAAAGCUCCAACAAAAGUGCUUAGCAUCUGAAAAAACGCUGGAACUGAUGAAUGAAACCCAUGAUCAAUUUAAGCAUAUCAUGGAGUCGGAGUUACAAGAGAGGGAGGACAAGAUAAAAAAUCUCUAUGCAGAAGUGAGUCAGUUAAAGCAAGAUGUUAGUGUAACCGCACAAGAAAAAGAUCUAAAAAUUCGUGAGCUAACGGCCCAAAUCGAGAAUUUAACCAAGGAGAAAGAUGAACUGACGAAUUUUAAUGAAGAAAAUAAGCUUAUGCAUGAUGAAACCGAGAAAACAAUUAGUCAUUUGAAAAGUGACUUGGAGAAACAGAUACAAUUAACUAAAGAAGCUCAUUCUAAUUUCGAGACUGAAAUCAUAAAUCACGGUUCGACUACUCAAAAGCUUUAUGACAUGCGUAGCAAAUAUGAAGAAGUAAAAGCAAACUACCUUGAGCUGAAAUCUAAAUCUGAGGAAUGGACGACAAUGCAUGCGGACUCAGAAGAUAAUUGGAAAAAACAAAAGGAUAAUUUGGAAACCGAGUUAGCAUCAUUAAAAGAACAACUAAGUGGUUUGGAGUCGCAGAAUAGAAUAUUACACUCUCAGUUUGAUUCUGUCAGCCAUCAGGUUGAAUUCUUGCAAAAUAAUUCUUCACAAGAUACAGCUCUUAUAUCUAAAGUAGAUCCUACUGGAGAUAGCGAGUUGCGUGAGCUUGUCAAUUACCUUCGGCACGAUAAAGAAAUUACUGCUAAUAAACACGAGCUAGCUUCAUUGAAUAAUAAACGGCUAAGUCAACAGGUUAAAAGUCUUCAAGGGACUAUCGAUUCUUUAAGUUUUGAGAUUGCCAGGUUGAGAGGAUCUGCGGAUUCCGGUAAUUCUCAAAAUCAAGCGUUGUUAAGUGGAUCUGACGAAUUGCGUCUUUUAUACGAGAGCAAUGAACUCCUUCGCAAAGAUAAUGAACUGAAACGCAACAAGUCUGAUACUAUGGAAUCCAGACUUAUUGACGUUGAGAGCAAAUUUGAUUCUUUAAAUAUUGAAAUUAAUGAUCUUAGAAUUGAAUUGGACGCCAAGAACGAGAGUAUAAAAUUACUCCACGAAGAUAACGAAAGAUGGAAGACUCGUUUUCAAUCUGUUUUGACUAGAUAUGAAAGAAUGGAUCCAUCACAAUAUGAAGAGCUGAAGACCAAGUUUGACCAUCUUCAUGCUGAAAAGCAGGAACUAGAAUCUGCCUUUCAAAAGCUGAAAGAAGAGGAUGAGAAGCACAAAGGAGAUUCGGAGCAAAUAUCAGCCUUAAAAACGGAAGUUGAACAGCUUAAUGCAAAGAAUGUUAAGUUAGCCAGUGCUUGGAACGAACGUUAUGAAAGUCUUAUUAAUUCAAGCAAAGCUAGAUUCUCUCAAUUAAGACAGGAAAUUACAACAAGGGACAAAGAGUUAGGAUCUCAGAAAGAUGAAAAUAAGAAUCUUUCGAAAGAGCUUGAAAAUAUGCGCGAAGAAGCUAAGACAAAUUCGGUCGAAGAAAAAGAAACAGUCUCUAAAGAUGAAUUCCAACAAUUGGAGCAGCUAAGAGACUCAUUGGAGAAAGAACUUUCUGCUGCUAAGGAAAAUCUGGAAUCGUUGACUAAACAAAAAGAAACCGAGCUUUCUUCUAAUUCUAGUCACUUAGAGGAAUUAGAAAAACAGCUAGAGCUGAAGAUGCAGGAGAAUGAAAAGCUUUCCCAAAAGAUAGAUGAACUCUCACGAGAACUUGCUUCCGUAAAAGACGCUCAACUUCAACAAAUACCAUCAGAUAAUCCCGAAGCUGUUGAUUUCCAGAAGAAGUUAGAAACAAUAAAGAACGACUUCAGUAAAGAUAAGGAUGCAUGUCUGGAAGAUAUGCGCUCAAAGCUUUUAGAAGAAAAAUUUGAAGAACGUGAAAAUCUUCAAAAGGAGCUGAACGAGAGCAAAACAACAAUAGAGACUCUGAAAUCUGAUCUGCAGUCACUGAAGAAUGAGCCCAACAAUAAAUCCGAGCCUGAACUAGAAAAUAUAGUAAAGGAAAGAUUAGAGAAGGCGUUACAAGAAAAAGAUGAUGCGUUCAACAAUCGGCUUAAUAGAGCUGUAGCGGAGACAGAAAUUCGAAAUAAAGCGAAGUUAUCGAUUUACGAGAGAAAAACUCGAGACCUACAAUCGAAAGUUGUCGAACUUGAAGGGACAAUCAAUCGUCUGAACGAGCAGUUGAAGACACAAAAUACUACAGAAAGCUCUUCGAAGCCCAAUGUUGCGAAAGGCAAAGACUCUUCUCAGAUGUCCAAUCAAGGUGAUCAAUCUGUCAAAUCUCUAAGCUCUAGAUUACAAGCUACCGGUAAUAAGCAAAAGCCAAAUGUUGCUAAACCCGCCGUAGCGCGACCUGUACCAAUGAAGCCGGAAAGCGGAAAAUUGUCUAUUACGGGUGCUUCUAAACGUUUAGCUACUGCCAAAAAUGCAGGCCAAGCCAAACGUCAACGUGAUGAUUCUAACAAAAAGGAUAAUUCAAAAUGAAUUUAACUACAAGUCUGUUUUUCUAGCGGUUAUGAAAAGUGAUGGGAUUAAAGUACCUUAAUAUUUAGCGUUGCCUACGAUUAAUCAGAACCAACCUUCAAAUUUUGGUUUAAAAAAUAAUAAUUAUUAUUAUUCUGUAGUACUACAUUUUUUAGUUCAGAAGUAAAGAGACUACAGAUAUUGAAGGCAACAAAGUAGACGAUUAGUCCACUUAAAUAGCAUUAGGAAGUAAUAAAAGCAUUUGUGAUGAAG